UUGAUUAAUUUAAUGGAAACUGAUGGUGGAAGAGGUGGUGGAGGAGGAGGAAGAGGAGGUGGAGGAUUUGGUGGAGGUGGCAGAGGAGGCGGUUUUGGUGGCGGCCGAGGUGGUGGUGGUAGAGGUUUUGGUGGUGGAAGAGGUUUUGGUGGAGGUAGAGGUUUUGGUGGCGGUAGAGGUUUUGGUUAUGGUGGAGGACGUGGAUAUGGUUUUGUAGGUGGAGGUUUUGUGCCUUUCCCUUAUCGUCGUUGGCCCUUCUAUGGUCCAUUCUAUGGAUUUUAAACUUAAAUUAAGGGAAAAUAUAUUAAUUAACAUGUCUUUAAAUAUAUUACAUAUACAAAAUACUAACAUCGUUUUAUUUUUUAAUAAUUUCUACAAUAAUGAAAAUUUUAAAACGCAAUUUAUUUUUAUUGCUGUUAAUAAUUGUGAUAUUUGGCAUUAAUUUAACUUGGUGUCGGCGAAGAGGAGGUUAUGGCAGAGCCUUUCGAUUUGGUGGUUAUCGCGGUUUUGGUAGACGCUUUGGUUAUGGACCUCGUUUCUAUAGACGCCCUUUUUUCCAUGGCGGUGGCUUUUAUGGCGGUUUUGGUGGUGGUUUAAUUGGUUAUGGAGCAUUGCCUGUGCCUGUAGCAGUACCUGUGCCGGCAACAGUAGCGGCUGUAGAUUAUGAUUAUUAUUAAUGAUUCAUUAAUUUUCAAGGAAUUUAUAUUAAUUAUAUAAACUCUAAAUACAAAUUUAAUUAUUUUUAAUACAAAGAACUACAAAGAA